AUGUUUGAUAUGGUUAGUAACUCAGGGAAAACCAAUAUAACUGAAAUUGCUUCCAUGUCAUCUAUUGAUGCAAAUGAAAAUAAUAAGGAUGAGUUUAUUAAGAAGGCUAUAAGUUGGAAUUUGGUCAAGAAUUUUAAACUAAUGAAUAGUCAUGAAGCAAAUGGUAGUAAGAUAUUCCAUGUUACGCUAUCUGAGUCUUUGAGAGCUGCAAAUAUUGAUAUACUGUUGGCAGAUGGAAACGUUUUUGGAAAGGUACCGCUCUUGGUCGCUAAAACCGGUGUAAUAAUUAAAGAGACAGGAUUGAAAGUUAGAGGUAUAUUCAGAUUAUCUGGUAGUAAAAAAAGAGUAGAUUAUUUGAAGGAAAGUAUAUUUAGUAGAAAACCACAUUUUGGUUCAAAUUUUGACUGUUAUAAUCCCAAGAACGAAUUCAAAUUCAAAAUACAUGAUUUAGCAACUAUAUUCAAAUAUUAUUUGAAUAAUUUAAAUGAACCGGUAAUACCGUACACUUAUUAUGAAAUGUUCAAGAUCCCUCUACUGAAUAAUACUCACCUUUCAGAGACGUUAAAAGCUAAUAAAGAAUACACUGACAGUGUGGAAUCAAAAGAAACGAUCAAUACCAUGGUUUACGAAUAUUUGAGACUGAUAAAUUUACUACCGACAGAAAAUCGAACACUUCUACUCUAUCUAUUGGAUAUUUUAAGACUUGUUUCGAAAAAUGAUAACGUGAAUUCAAUGAACUCUAAAAACUUGUCAAUUAUCUUUCAACCAUCUGUCAUUACAAUUUCAAAGGACGUCAAUUUUGAAUCUGAAAAUAUUGUUGCAAGAUAUGUACUAGAGUUCCUUAUCAACCAUUUUGACAACCUAAUAUGUAAUAUGUAA